CAACAGCUUUUCACCCUUGGAUACUUAUCUGAUCCAGCCUCUCAUCCAGUUUUCCAUGUCCAAGGAUCCACUUCAGUCAACGAAGACAGCAAGCAAUUUUUGCAGAUAUUCAGUAAUUUGAAAACCUAUUAUUUAAAGACUUUGUCAUGAUGGGCACAAUGCAAGUUUGGGGGAUUUUCUUGGUUUUUUUUCUUUUUCCUGUUGCAGCACAGAUGGAAGACAGCACUCUCGAACAUAAAAAUGAAACUUAUCAAAUCGUCAGUUUUAAAUGGCAUCAUGUCCAGGAUCCUUAUAUUAUUGCUGUCUGGAUUCUCGUGGCCAGUCUGGCCAAAAUUUUUUUUCACUUGUCCCAUAAAGUUACCACUGUGGUUCCAGAAAGUGUUCUCCUCAUUGUCCUUGGCAUCUUCCUGGGUGGCAUUGUAUAUGCAGCUGAUCAUAUUGCCUCCUUCACCCUUACACCAACAGUUUUUUUCUUCUAUCUGUUGCCACCCAUUGUGUUAGAUGCGGGAUACUUCAUGCCAAACCGACUAUUCUUUGGCAACUUAGGAACAAUUCUUCUAUAUGCUGUCAUUGGGACCAUCUGGAAUGCUGCUGCAACGGGCUUAUCCCUUUAUGGAAUCUAUCUUAGUGGAAUAAUGGGUGAACUUCAUAGUAGAUUGCUAGAUUUUCUCUUGUUUGGCAGUUUAAUAGCUGCAGUGGAUCCUGUUGCUGUGAUCGCUGUGUUUGAGGAAGUUCAUGUCAAUGAUGUUCUCUUCAUAAUUGUUUUUGGAGAAUCACUGCUCAAUGAUGCUGUAACUGUGGUGCUGUAUAAUGUGUUUGAGUCUUUUGUUUCAAUAGGAGCUGAAUAUGUGACCGGUGUAGAAUGCAUAAAAGGCAUAGUAUCUUUCUUUGUGGUGAGCCUUGGAGGUACUUUUAUUGGCAUUAUGUUUGCAUUUCUGCUCUCGCUUGUCACUCGUUUCACAAAGCAUGUCAGAAUAAUUGAGCCUGGAUUUGUAUUUGUCAUUUCUUAUCUCUCCUACUUGACAGCUGAGAUGCUGUCAUUAUCUGCCAUCCUUGCGAUAACGUUCUGUGGUAUCUGCUGUCAGAAAUAUGUCAAAGCAAAUAUUUCAGACCAAUCUUCUACCACUGUGAGGUACUCCAUGAAAAUGUUAGCAAGUGGUGCAGAAACUAUUAUUUUUAUGUUCCUGGGAAUUUCUGCUGUUAAUCCUAAAAUCUGGAUUUGGAACACUGCUUUCAUAAUCCUGACACUGGUUUUCAUCUCUGUCUAUAGAAUCAUUGGUGUAGUUAUACAGACUUGGAUUCUAAAUCGCUAUCGAAUGGUACAGCUGGAAAUAAUAGACCAAGUAGUAAUGUCAUAUGGUGGUCUCCGUGGUGCUGUUGCCUUUGCCUUAGUCGUACUUUUGGAUGAAAACAAAGUGCAAGAUAAAAACCUAUUUGUCAGCACAACUAUCAUAGUUGUAUUUUUCACUGUAAUAUUCCAGGGUUUAACAAUCAAGCCUUUAGUGCAAUGGUUGAAGGUGAAAAAAAGUGAACACAGAGAACCCAAACUGAAUGAGAAGCUCCAUAGCAGGGCCUUUGAUCACAUUCUUUCAGCUAUUGAAGAUAUAUCUGGUCAAAUAGGACACAAUUAUUUGAGAGACAAAUGGACCAAUUUUGACAAAGAGAUCCUCAGUAAAGUACUUAUGAGAAGAUCUGCCCAGAAAACUAGAGAUCAUAUUCUUAAAGUUUUCCGUGAGCUCAACAUGAGGGAUGCUAUUAGUUAUGUGGCUGAGGGAGAGCAAAGAGGUUCAUUGUCAUUCAUUCGCUCUCCAAGUAUUGAACACACCGCCAAUGUGGACUUCAGCAUUAUCAACCAAAUGAAGAGAGAGACUUCUGUCACCCAACUACUGAGAGAAACUGCCAGUUCUGUCUGCCUUGAUAUGCAAGCAUUAGAACAGAGAAGGAAAAGCAUUCGAGAUUCAGAGGAUAUAUUUACCCAUCAUACUUUACAACUAUAUCUGUAUAAACCCAGACAAGAGCAAAAAUUUCUGUACAGCCGUCAUGCAAUAACUCUUAAUGAAGAUGAGAAGCAAAAUAAAGAAAUUUUUCACAGAACUAUGAGGAAAAGACUAGAAUCUUUCAAGAGCACAAAACUAGGUUUGAAUCACCAUAAGAAACUAAACAAAAUUCACAAGAAAGACCGUGGCCAAAAAAGGAAAAAUAGUACCGUCAUACCAGAUGGAAACCUACCUGCAUAUGUUAUAACAGACAAAGAAAAUGAGUUUUCUGAACCAGAGGAAAAUGAUUAUGGCUAUUCACAGAUAGGUGGAGCAGUAAAUUUCCUGGAUUACGUCAACAAGGAUAAUUUCACAGAUACAAAUGGCAUUGAUAAUCCAGUAUUUUCAGCUGAUAUUGAGCAAAAUGCCUUCAUGAAGUUUACACCUUGGCUAUCCAGUGAUGAGAUGGUGGUACCUUCCCAAAGAGCCAGAGUACAAAUACCUUAUUCUCCAAACAGCUUUCAAAGACUUGCUCCCAUUCGACUCAGCAACAGAUCCACAGAUUCUUUUUUGCAACUAGAUGGUGCUGAAGAACAACCGAGAAUUUUUCUCCCAGAAUCAACUCACUUGUAAUUUAAGCAUAGCUAAAGUUCUUAUUUUUCAGUCACUCAGACUUUUUGUGAUCUAGCAAAUAGCCAUUUUUUCUUGUUCAGAAUAUCUUUGGUGUUUCUUUAUUUUCUUUCUUGGCAUGAAAAUUCUGCUUUAAAAUCAGUUAAAUAUAUUCUAGAAUAUUAAAGUAGGACUUGUUAAAAUUUGUGGAUUAUGAAUACUAAGCUACUCGUUUGAGAGCUACAGAAUGAAAUAGACAACAUGAGAUGUGGGCAGAACUGAGGGGCAUUGUUACGGUUAGUCCUGGGGUUACAACAGUAAUUGGGAUAUAAUUUAUAUCAUUAAAUAGCAUUGUUAUAAAGUUCAAUGUCAUGGGACCUCAUUGCUUAGUAACUUGGUUGAGUUGGGUGGCUAUAGAAAUUGAAUGAAUGACCAUAGUUUUUUCUUGUUAGCUAUCAUAUGCUUUAUAUUUUUGAUGAGCAAAAUAUAAAUAACGAAUGAUUAAUAAUUCAUUUGCAGCUAGUUCUUUGUUCAAAUUCCUUUGGAAAAUAUUAUAUUUAUGAUACAAUAAGCUGAAGUGCUUUAAACUUUUUCUGAUUUUGUAUUCAUUUAUACAAUAUACCUAUCAAGUAAUAAAUAUGAACAAAAUUGC